AUAGGUGCAUACUACAACGCAGUGUAUCCUGGCAGAAUACGAAGGCUGGUGUCGCUGGCUGGUGCCAUCAGCAUCCAGCUUCACGGGCUGGUGGAGCUGCCGAAGGACUGGUUCGAAGUCAGCAUCGCCAGCUACUACAGUCGCUAUUUCCAGCCUCCACCACUCUCAACCUACACAUAUAAGAAGGCAAUAAAGUCCCUUGCCAAGGCUCGAGACGUAAGUGAGGCAGACGCCACUAUCUUGGCGUAUCGAUGCCUCGAGUCAGUCGACGGAGACUUCAGGUUCACAUGGGACGUGAAAGCAAAGAAGAUCUACGUACCCCCCAUCGCAGAAGACAUGACAUACUCUAUCCUAUCCACCCCCACUCCCACACUUUGUCUCGUACCAACAGAGGAUAAAACACCAAUCACCUUCUCUGACUAUCAUGUCAAUAUGCUGGAGAAAUUGACCAAUGAGCGAUUUGUGCUCGUCAGCGUGUCAGGCGGGCAUAGCGUGCAUUUGACCAAUCCGGAGUUGAUUGUGCCCCGUAUUGUUAAGUUUAUUAAUGAGGAUGUAAGAUCGAAGUUGUAAUAAACGUAGUUCUAGCGUAAGUAGAUGAUGUCUACGACUAAACAAGACUAGAGGCGGCGUCGGGUAGUGCGCGGGGUUAGACGGCUUUUGUUUGAGCCCCUGGCGGUUGGCGGUGCUCAGAGGCUAGAGAGUUCUUCAAGGAGUUUGAGAACCGUUCGCGAAAUAGAAGUCUGGAUCUCCGCUCCGGGUCAUUCUUGGUGCAGAGGUUAAUAUCUAUCGCGAUUCAACGCGGUAAUGCAACGAGGGUGCCUUUGCGCCUGGAAUGACGCGGGGAGUGAUUUUUGACUGACUGCUUUGUUUUGGAUUUGUUUUGU